AUGCCUCCCCAAACCCUCCAGUCAACCUACCGCCUCAACUCCGGCCACGAGAUCCCCAUCCUCGGCUACGGCGUCGACUCUGCAGUCAUGUACCGCAACGAAAAGGCCUGCGGCCGCGCAAUCGCCGCUUCGGGCCUAGAUCGCGAGAAGGUCUUCUUCACCACCAAGAUCCCGCCCGGGUCCAUGGGCUACGAGAGGACUAAACGCGCCGUGGAGAAUAGUCUCCGCGAGGCGGAUGUGGGGUAUUUUGAUUUGAUCUUGAUCCAUGCGCCAUACGGCGGGAAAGAGGACCGGCUGGGUUCAUGGCGUGCGCUCGUGGAGGCGCAGAAAGCGGGGAAGACGAAGUCGAUCGGGGUGUCAAAUUAUGGGAUUCAUCAUUUGGAGGAGUUGGAGGAGUAUAUUCGGCAAGGGGGUGGGGGCACGAUUGAUGUUGGGCAGUAUGAGAUUCAUCCGUGGUGUGCGAGGGAGGAUAUUGUUGAGUGGCUUCAGGCGCGGAAUGUGGUUGUCGAGGCUUAUUCGCCUCUUGCGCAUGGGAGUCGGAUGAAAGAGAGGUUGUUGUCCGAGCUGGGGACGAAGUAUGGGAAGUCGCCUGCGCAGAUUAUGAUUCGGUGGGGGUUGCAAAGGCUCAUCCUCUCCACCUCGAAUCUCAUGACGUCCGGAGGUCACUCUGUGAUCCGGCAGCCGUCCACCGAAAAAUCUAACGUCGAGCUGAUCAACUCACUGCGGUCCAAUUUCCUGACGGCGCAACAAUUGUCUUCGGCCGAGACGACAACGACCCCGCGGUAUCGGGCUUGGACACGGGAGACUGAGGACGGGCUCUACAUUCCGGCGAUUGAUUUCGCGCAGCAUGGACUGGCGGAGGAGAGGGCGCAGUAUGAUAUUACAGUGAAACUGUUCUACUUGCCUGGGAUUCCGGCGUCGAGACGUUGUGCGCAUACAAGGGAGGCCAUUGAUUUGGUAUUGAAGGAGCUACAUGUGGAUUCUAUUGAUCUUCUGAUUGUUUCUUUCCCCGGGAUUUUGUUUGACGCGGAAGAUGAUAGCGAGGAGGAGGUAGAAUCGGAUACUGGGAGUGAAGAGCCGGAUGAUUUUGACAGUAUGAUUCGCACAUGGAGGGUACUGGAGGACUUGCAGGAGAAGGGCAUGAUCUCCCAGCUAGGUGUGGCGGAGUUUGGCAGUGAGAGGCUCGCUAGAUUCCUGCCUCAUACGAAGGUUAAACCCUCGGUCGACCAGAUUAACCUCAAGGACUGUUGUGUCGUGCCGAAAUCGUUGAUUCUAUAUGCGAAACAGGAGAAUAUCCAACUCCUGACCCACAACGACUGCAUGGACAUCUUGCCCAUAGGCACCAUACGGGAGCUGCUUGGCCCGGGCGAGAAGGGAGCGGGAAUCCUUGCUUCCACUCCGGGCGCGGAGGACGGUAUUCAGGGCGAUAUCGAGCCACAGUGGGUUGUCAAGUAUACGGCUGUUGUGAAGGAUCGCGGAGUCGUUGAGAACAAGGGUUAUUUCGCACUUGCCGAUAUGGGAAGCUGUGUCAAACCCCGUCUGGAAUAA